AUGUAUCAUAAGCCGCAAGCCGCUGGAGCCGCACCCGACCCCUUCCCGCUGAGCCGCACCUCAUCCAAAACCCACCGCAGCUCCACGGUGGUCAAUAAUCGCGAAACUGAAACAGGGCAACACCGCAGAACCACAGCAUCGGAGCAAGAGGGCAGCACCAUCCCCUCAUCGCAGCACCGGAGCAGGCGACUUGGAUUUGGGCGAACUUCAAUCUAUUGCGCGACAAGGAGAGGGAAGCUGCAACAACGGAAAGAGGCCAAGCGGCCAGGGGACGCCUGCCGGCGAAUCUCAGAAACCCAGUGGAAGGCGGCGAAAUAG